UUAAUUUAGAAACGUCAAAUCCUGAAGAUGCUGCUGUUGUGGUGAUCAAAAAAAUCCUUCUGUUUUUUGGAUUCGUAUUAUAAAAGUUGAUAGGAUCUUGAAAGAAAUAUGUCAUAAAACCACCAAGUGAAUCCAUAUCAUAAAGCCGGCGAGUCAGUGCAGUGUGCUAUACAAAUACUUACUGAGGAAGGGCGGGAACUUUUUGCUGAUGUGGUUACCAGUCCAGAAACUCCAGGCUCCAGCAUUCAAUAACCAUCAGAAAGGCUCCUGAUAUUCGCUAAUAUGCUGCCUUAAUUUUUUUAGCAGUUUCUGAACUUAAACCGUAGCGAUGCUGCUGUCAGGAUCCUCAGCCGGGGGCGGGGGCUCCACCGGGGGCGGGGUCACGGCGCUGGCCGGCCUCGGGGGCUCGCUGGAAGACAAGGACUGCGACCUGCUCUGCCCUGUCUGCUUCGAACUGAUCGAGGAGGCCUACGUCACCCGCUGCGGGCACUCCUUCUGCUACGCUUGCAUCACCAAGUCCAUAGAACUGCACCGAAGAUGCCCAAAAUGCGGAGCAGCUUUGGCCUCACGAGACCAUAUUUUCCCGAACUUCUUGCUCAACGAGUUGGUCGCUAAAAGGAGGUUGAGAGAAGCCAGACGGCCUUCUUCGGUCAGUGUAGCCGGGUCCUCCAGCCAUCCAGAUGCGGAGAGAUUGAGGGCGUUAUUAGCGGCGGAAUCCAGGAACUUGGCCAUGCCUGAUGUGGAGCUGAUGCUGGAUGUGUUGACGCGACGGAAGAGGCUCUUAGAAGCGGAGUCGGCCGCUGCUCACCAUAGACUGCUAUUUGAGUUUUUGGCCCAGCUGCAUCGGCAUAGACAACAUCAGUUGGACCAGCUGGCUCGCGAAGCGUCAUUAGUUAAGAAGGAUAUGGAGCACGUGUCAGGGGUGUUGAAGGAGUUGCGAGCGGGCGCGGCAGGGCUGGCCAAGCUGCCGCCUGACCCGACGACAACGGACCCCGGGCCCGCUGGCGACGCCGUCAGAGCCUUACGGAGGGAAUUAGCAGACUUAGCAGGAAGCGUCAGUGAGGCCGCAGCAGAAGGAACCACCUCUGUAGCCCCAACAGGCUCCUCGCAAGCCGAUGACGACGAAAGCUUCGCCGGAUCAGCUCCGAAUGGCGGAGACGCCCUGUCAGCUAGAUGGAGACGCCUCAACGCUCAUUUCGACGACUUCGUCCAGUGCUACUUCGCUCAUCGCGCGGAUGAAUUGUACUUCCCAGGGUCUGGCGGGGUUACUCCGGCUGCUACUCCAGCCCCGUCCAUGGUGACUGCUAUUGGCACCCCCGGAACCACUUCCAGUGAGGCGGACAAAGUCCCGCAAGCGCCAGAAAUGGAGACCAGAGCCCAAAGCGCUGCAGGCGGUGACCAGAGGGCUCCAGAACAGGAAGCUAAUACAGAAGGGAACACCAAAUCCUUCAGGCCGCAAGGCUUGGACGCCUUCAGGGAAGAUCUAGUCGCUUUCACCCGCUACAGGGCUUUAAGGCCUCUAGCCACGCUCUCCUACUCCAGCGAUGCGAUCAACUACUCCACAAUCGUUUCCACCAUCGAGUUCGAUAAAGACGAAGAGUUCUUCGCGAUCGCCGGCGUCACCAAACGGAUCAAAGUCUUCGAAUACGACGCAGUAGUUCGUGACGCGGUGGACGUGCACUAUCCGUGCGCAGAGAUGCAGUGUUCGCACAAAAUAUCCUGUGUCUCCUGGAACGCUUACCACAAAAACGUCCUGGCGUCUUCAGACUACGAAGGCACGGUCAGCGUGUGGGACGCGGGGACCGGGCAGCGGACGCGGGCGCUACAAGAACACGACAAACGCUGCUGGUCAGUCCACUUCAACCGCUCAGACGUGCGGCUACUGGCUUCAGGCUCUGACGACGCUCGAGUCAAACUAUGGGCGUUGAACGCUGAGAGAUCUGUAGCGACUUUGGAAGCGAAAUUCAACGUUUGCUGUGUGCGAUUCAAUCCGCGAUCGUCCUGCCAUCUGGCGUUCGGUUCGGCGGAUCAUUGCGUUCAUUACUACGACUUGCGCGCCCCGAGGCAGCCGCUAGCGGUGUUCAGGGACCAUCGCAAGGCGGUUUCAUAUGUCAAGUUUUUAGAUGCUAGAACCCUGGUUUCUGCGUCCACUGACUCGCAACUGAAGCUGUGGAGAGUUGAGUCCCCGAGAUGCGUGCGCUCGUUCACUGGGCACGCCAAUGAGAAGAACUUUGUAGGGUUGGCAACGGACGGCAAAUAUGUCGCUUGCGGGUCGGAAAAUAAUGCGUUAUACGUGUACUAUUCAGGGUUGUCGCGUCCGCUUCUGGCGUACCGAUUCGACGCUGUCAGGGGCUUCUUGGAAAGGGAACGAAGGGAUGAAGAGCCUUCUGAGUUUGUGUCGGCGGUCUGUUGGAGGAAGUCUGCAGACCAGCAGGUGUUGUUGGCAGCUAAUAGUCAAGGUACCAUUAAGGUUUUGGAGCUGGUUUAAGAGACGUGUCUUCUCUUUUCAGCGCAUUGAACGAUAUAGUCUGAAGGUUUGGGAGAGAGCAGGAAAAUACUAAAACGAUUAUUGCAAGGGCAUUAAAAGUUAUGUUUACGCCACUUUUG